UCAAGAAAGUGAAACUUUACUCUAAACUGUAGUUUACAUUUAGUGUCAUCAUACCUCUUACAGCGAAUAUCAUACUUUGCAAAAUUUACGGAAGCCAUGCCGGUGACGUCAUUCAGCGUUCUCGCACUAGCUUUUAGAAUUUUGUUUUGUUUGUUUGCACUCCACGCAGAAACUUGACGGUCUUUACACUUCCUUACUGUUUUAAAAGUGUUUUUCAGUUGCAUGUUCAGUUUUCAUUACGAAAAAGAAGUAAAAUAAUCAUGUUAGCGCGGUUUACGAGUUUAUAUGGCUGAUUCGGGGUGCUCGGAUGUUCAUAAAGACAACCAGUCAGCGGAUUUUACAUAAACUGGAACCGGAAAACAUCGAAAAAUUGCCUCAGUAUAUGCAAACAGCAAAGACGAAUAUCUAUAUACGGACGUUACCGUCUCGGGGAUUUUCAUCCCCUAAAAAUACAGCUUAAAGGAACACUCAAUGAUAAAGUAUUUUACAUAGAACGAGUGGAUAGAUAUGCAGGAUAGGUGACAAAAAAUACGGGUUUAUUCUUCAGUUUUGGAACCAUAUAUAAGGAGUAGUAACACGUUUGUCACGGCACUGUAAUUGUUUGCUUACUCGUCGAGAAGUUGGUGUUUGCCAGCGUUUUAAAAGUGUUAGAGGUUGCGAACAGAAAUCAGUUUAGUUAUGGAUGCUAAAGUUCCACUUAACCCAUUUGUUGAAACUAAGGUCCGAAUGUGGUACCGCUUGCAUAACAAGAAAAGGAACGGCUUUAUGAACAGGGCGGACUUUAUUGAAAUGACUGACUCUUUUAUCAAAGAGUUCAAACUCGACGCCGAGAUGGCUGAAGAGAUUCGCUCAUGGCUUGUGAAUGGAUGGACAGCUUUGAUUAAAUUCAUGAAGAAUUCAGCAGACGACCCUAAGACAAGUAUACCGCUUGAUAAAAUUCCUACGGUAUCGAUGGUGGCUGAAAAAUUAUCAAAAGAUGGAACAAUAACGGAGGAUGAGUAUGUCAAGGCAUAUGCAGAAUCUUUGCAAAUAGACCCAAGUCCAUUUCCAGCUUGUUUUUCUGAAAUGGUAUCAUUCUUUUUCAAGGUUUUUGACACCGAUAAAGAUGGCUAUUUGAUCGAGAAGGACAUGGUGCGCGGAUGGAGAUGUUUCGGUAUCGACAAUGCAAAAGCAGUCAAGGCAGUCUUUGCCGAUCUAGACCCUACCGGAAGCGGAAAGGUUGACCGGGAUACAUAUGUUGGCGCGUGGAUGGAAUAUAUGACGGGAAUGAACAAAAGCGCACCAAUCGCCAAACAUUUUACACCGGACAUACUGUGAGAUUACGACGUUCUGAGACCAUAGAGAAUACGCGCAAAGCAUCUGCAGACACUUUUAUGACUAUUGUUGUGCACCAGUCACGUGGCUAAAACGACGACCGUAUGCUUAUUAGUGGACAAUGUUGUGCUUUAGAAUUGGUACCGACAGAACAUUUGCUCAUCAUGUUCUAUACAUUAUUAAACUCACGACGCAAUUCUUUGUUAAACAUUUUCAAAGGGGAUCGAUUAUGGACUAUAUUUCAAUUGUUGUCGAUUUGAUCUUUUAGUCUUGAGGUAAUUUUUUCUCAAAGAGACAAUAAUGAAAACAUCUUAAUUUUUCUAAAAUUUUAGUUAUAAUGGAUAGGUCUUUGUGCAUGCGGUGUAUUUGUUGUAUUGUAUACUAUGAUAGUAUUUUCCUUUUAUUUGGUUGGCUUGAAUAAAUAAAGUCAUAACAAAACUUACGUCUGAGAAUUAUCAAUUCUACACACGCGAGGUUCCUGGUUAAAGAGGCCUGGAUACAUGAUAUAUAUUUUCAGAUGUAUUUCCAUACAUUUUUUAAAUAACUCCUAAAGGUAUUUGCUUUAGUUUGUUUCACAAACAUACAUUUCAACACCGUUUCUGUCAUUAUUUGCUGAAAGGGAUAUCACCUACAUGAAUGACCAUAUUGAUGUUAAGAAAUAAUGUGUGGUGCUUUAGUUCUAAAAGGCAUUGCCUUAAGUGAAUGUGUACAAGCCUGUCUUUUUAUGGUUUAAUAAUUAUAUAUAUGUAUAGGAUAAUUUUACACGAAUAUCUUUUCAUACGGGUUGAAUAAAAUA